UCGUAUUGGCUGGAAUCGAAAAAAUACGACUGGCGCCGAACGCGUGGCUUUGAAAUUUCGGCCAAGAAAAUUGGCGAAACGGGAUCUUCGCCGAGUUAGAGAAAACAAAAGGGCCUCUGCUGUCUGGGGAACAAGAAAGAAUGCAGCGGACUUCGCGUUGCGAUGGAUGAUGGGAAGUGUUUAUUAGACGUGAUUAGUGAUCCUCAAGCCCUAAAAGAAUUUUUCAGAAGCUCAAGUCAGAUUGCCUUUGUUGACGAAAGUAUAUCACCAAUAAUCGAUGAAACCAGCCAUAAAUCGUCCAAAAGCACGGUGCAAAAUGAUGAUUCUAAAAUCCCUUCUAACAAGGGUAUGCCACCUACAUCCGGAGAAGACUUGAAUAAAGUAACAAGGCUUUCAGAAGUUUACGCUGAGGAAGGAAGCAAUUUAAGCAAGCAGCUAUCAACCGCACAGAAUGGUUUGACACAUAGCAACAUUAAAACAUGUAGCAACCUUUCCACAAUCACUCAACAAAGUGGAAUCACUGCAAACGCAACAAAUGCUAACUUACCUGUUGCAACUAAUCCUAAUAUAUCAGGAGUUGGCUUGACCGAGAUGAUUGGAAUUGGCUCUAGUAUACCAUUAUCACCCAGUUAUGUUAACGCAAUGCAAACAACUUUUUCAUCUGGAAAACAUGGAUCACCAUCAGCUCAAAUUGUCAAUUCCCAAACUCAACCAUCGACCUUGCCUACAUUUCUAUCAAGUCCUCCAGCAAAUCUUAGACCCCAAACUAGUAAGCCUAAGGGCUCACCCUUGCCCAUUUUAAGGCCAAAGGGUCUGAGUGGGUCUGCGGGAUCACAAGUGACAAUACAGGGUGGUCUUAUGACACAAGGGUUACGUGCAAGUGCCAUCAAGGGGCAGCAACAAUUGGUUGCUAUCCGGCCAAAAAUUGUUAUGACUCAAUCAAAAAUCGGAAACCAAGUCACUCCUGGAAUAAUGGCUAAGCAACCUAUCACAAGUACAUUCACUGUUGGAACUAAGGGACCACAGAACUUAUCCAAACAAGACUUGAGUACACUGAGUGUGUCACAGUUGAAACAAGCAACUUCAAGCCAACCUGCCAAUAAGACAGUUCUGGCAAACCUUGUCCAGUCGCAGCCAAGACAAAUUGCUCCAAAGCCUGAGCAGAUAUCAAUUGGUAACGCUGAAAUCAAUAAACAGGGGAAUUUGCAAUUUGUACAAAGUCUUUUGGCAAAUAAUCAGGACAUCAAACUAUCAGCCCAAGAAAUAUUAACCACAAAGCAAAAAGCUGCCCAACAAAAUCAACUGAAGAUACUCUUACAACAAAACCCUCUGGUGCAACAAGCUCUACAAGCUCGAGCGCAACUUCAGCAUCAGUCUUUGCAACAGCAACAACAACAAUCGCAACUUGCAAAGACACAGCAACAGAACAUUUUUGCCUUUCAAAACAAAGUUGUACAAUCCAUUGAUACUCAAGCCAACCAACAAUCUACUAAACAAGAGGUUGCAGUCACUUUGCAGCAAUCCAUGAACACAACGAACUUAGCAAAUCAACUAAAGGAAGCAAUUAACUCAAAACAGCUCAACCAAUUUUUGGAAAAAAAUCCCAUAGUGGCUAAGCAAUUGAAACAGCUGAAUAUACAUAAUAAAACAGCACCAACAACUGUUACCAAACUGUCCACUUCUCAAGCACCAUUGUCUGUAGCUACAAUGACAAAACUAAACGAAAUUCAAACUCCAAAAGCAACCAACCAAAGGCCAUCGCUCACCAUUGGUCAUCUUCAAAAACCUUCAACAGUGAGAAAAAGUGCAACCCUCACCCAUACACAGAAAUCCAACAUUGUCACCUCAUUAAAUCAACUCGGGCAAACUACGGCCAAAACCAUCAACAUAGCAUCAGCUAGUCCGGUGGUGCAAGUUACCACGGGCCAAACCACAACAUCUCAGAAACCUGAACAGAAAGCUCCUAACACACAACAAAAAGUUGUGAUAUUGCAAAACGACCGAGUGUCCACUCAGUCAAUGGCUGCAGGAGAGACCAAGGUAUUGCUUCAGACUAAGGAAGGGCGCCCUAUACUUAUCACGCAAGAACAAUUUCGACAAAUUCAAGCCCAACUUGCCAGCAAAAAUUUGAGUAUUCAAGGGAAACUGGUGACAGCAUCUCCAGUUGUGGCCUCUACCAGCACAACAGCUCGGUCUUCUGUGACAACGUCAAUAAGCAAGAGCAUACCUAAAGUUGUGUCACUGUCUUCGAAGACUCCAAGUACUAAACAGGAGAGCAAAAGUGCAAAACGUCCUUCUAAAACUGUGGAGACGAAAGAAACCAAGCUUGCUAAGAGGAUUAAACUAUCUCUUGAAAAAGAUCAAAAUGAUGCUUGUUUUACCGAUGUGCAUAAGGCAUUCAAGUCCCACAAGGAUGCUGUAACAAGGCUGACGCCAUACCACAUCUUCUCAGAACCAAGUCCCAAUGCCAAGAUGCAAAACAAAGCCAACAUGUUAUUGGACAAGUUAGCCGUGCAGCUUACGAACAAGAGUGACAAGAUGGUGAAUAAGUACAGACAGUUGUUGCUCAAAGAUAUGCAGCGUGAUGUACCGUCAGCCGAAGUCGUCAUGAUGAAUAGAAUUUUUCUAGCUGAUGAAAAAGCAUUGCUUCUGCAAGAAAAGCAGUCCGUUCUAGAAGAUGCAAAGAAGUUUGCCCAAGCGACUAAAGCAACUCUUAACCAAAUAAAAGCAACAUCAAAUUCCACAAAUGCAACAACAGAAAUGCCACCUUCACAAGACAUUUCUAAGGAUGUUCUUACGGCUGUUCAAUCACCUACCGAGAUCGCAGAUAACGAUGAAGACUCGUCUCCUGCAACUUCUGAAAAUAACUUCCAAAAUUCAGUAGCACAACUAAACACAGACGAUACCGAAUUGAUCAAUGCAUUAGAGCCAGGUUGAGCAUAUAGCAAACUACUUUAAAUUUACAGGUGUAAAAUCAAAUUGUAGAUGUUAAGUUAUAAGAUAAUUUAUGAAAGAUAUCGCAUUUGGUCAGGAUUUUGUGUGUUGUUGGUGAAAAUUCUCCGUGCUAAAAAAAAACUUGCUUCACAAUUUUGACGUGUACUAAAGUAUGAAUAAACGUAAACACACAGACACAA